CGGGCUAUUGCCACAAGGCUUUAUCCUAGGUAAGAUGCACGAAUAAUUAUUCUAAAAGUCGGAUCCAGAACACAUUGCGCCCACUGCGUACUCUCAGCUGUGUAAUGCGCGAGUCUGUCUUCCGAGCGUUGCUUCAAGCGCAGUGGCAGAGCGUGCCGUAUCCGACGUACUCGCCUCGCCUCGCCCGUCGGCAAUGACCGCUGCGGCGGGCAUCUUCCCGCCACCGAUCCCCUUCUAUUACCUCAUAAAUUCGGAAAACUGAGCUUGCAAAUUUCGCCAAACUCGAUCUUGCGCAAGGCGUGACUCAGCAAAGUAUGGGUCUGGGGAAGCAGAAUCCUGGGGUCGACUAUCCCUUGCGUUCAAACAUCAUCUUUGGCGUGCAACAACAUGGCCGCCAUUGGACCGGAUCCACCGACUGAAGAGUUCAGCCAGAUCGAAGAGGAGGAAGUUGCGCCGACCAAGCAAGAAGUAUCUUCAACCUUUGAUGUGACGAGAGUCGCGUCUACCGAGCCGCCUCCUAAUGGCGGAUGGGUCGCAUGGUCACAAGUGCUGGGUGGGCAUAUCAUCACCUUCUUCACCUGGGGCUUCAUCACAUCAUUUGGUAUGUUCCAAGCGCACUACACCUCCAUUGGACUGUCAACCGCGUCCAAUAUCUCAUGGAUCGGUGCACUCACCGUCUUCUUCCUGCUGUCCAUCCCUCUUUGGUCUGGCGCCGCGUCAGACACCGGUCAUUUCAAGCUUGUUCUGCGUAUGGGCAUUGGACUAUGGCUUAUCGGCAUCUUCAUGACAAGUAUCUGCAAGGAGUACUGGCAGUUCGUGCUUGCGCAGGGGUUUUGCAUCGGUUUCGCAAAUGGGUGCAUGUUCGUGCCCAUGGUAUCCGUUAUCUCGACAUAUUUCGAUGCGACAAAGCGGAGUUUUGCAAUCAGUAUCACGCUAUGCGGGUCGGGCACGGGCGGGUUGAUUAUUCCAAUCAUGCUUAACAGGUUGAUCGAUCGCAUCGGGUUUGGAUGGGCGGUGAGGACGUUAGGCUUCAUGGCACUGAUCAUGCUAUUGAUUGCUGAGCGGCUGCUGAAGAAACGGCUUCCACCAAAGGUUGCGGUCAAGAUGCUCGAACCGAGUGAGCUCAAGGACCCGGUCUUUGAUCUUUUCAUUCUCGGCUCGGUCUUUUGCUUCGCAGGUCUUUGGUUCGCUUUCUUCUAUAUCAAUGCUUUCGCACGAAGAACCUUGGGUAUGACGUUGGAAGAAUCGAUACCGCUCCUCUUGGUGCUAAACGGCAUCGGCAUUCCGGGACGUCUGCUACCCGCGUACGUUGCUGGCCGCUAUUGGCGGCCAUUGACGAUUAGCUUAAUCGUUAGUUUCGUCACUGCUCUUCUACUAUAUUGUUGGAUUGCGAUCACUUCGACAGCAGGAAUGUAUGCCUUUGCGGCGCUUUACGGCUUGUUUGCUGCAGGCUUACAAGCCAUGUUCCCUGCAACACUCGCCGAUCUCACCCUGGACAACAAGAAGAUUGGAACAAGAAUGGGCAUGGGGUUUGCCUUGUCUAGUUUUGGUUGCCUUAUUGGAGGUCCUGGUGGAGGUGCAUUGGUUGAAGUUGGCAACGGAUCCUAUCUGUAUGGACAAGUACUUGCUGGCUCAUGCGGUGUAUUGGGCUUCAUGUGUUUCUUGAUAGCGGCAUUGAUACAUAAGAGGCAGGCAAAGCUGUUCGAUGGCGUGUAAAAAGGUGUUGUGGCGGCUCAUGUCCUCACUGCUUUCGGUCGAUAUCGUUAAGCGUUGCACCACAUUCGUGCAAUAUAGGAGUCUAAGUUUCGCUGCCGUAUCAUUGUAUUAAUUCUGUGCAAGGACCACGAAAGCAAGAACGAAGAAGCUUGAAUCGAAGGAGGUACCCAUUCGUGAAAUUGGGUCGUGUUUCUCAUGCAUGUUUUGUGCACUACCUACGUUUACUCGUUGUUGG